AUGUCUUCUGCUGCUGCCGAGACCACGCCCAUCCCAACUGCCACCUCUGUGGUUGAGAGCACCGUUAUCGAGGCGCCUCUGUCCCAUGUCUGGCACCACAUCAAGCUGGAGAACUUUUCCAAGUUCUGGUCCGCCCUCUCCGCUUCUGAGUUCGUCAAGGGCACCACCAAUGACACCGAUGUCGUGAAGUGGACCUUCAAGGAUGGCACCGAGUUGGAGGUCAAGCAGGAGGAACACAGUACCAUCAACCACUACAUCACCUACAGUGUGAUUACCGCAUCCCCGCAGUUAACAUAUUCGAGCGUUCUCAGCACCAUCCGCCUGUAUGAAGUUACCUCAGGCAAGCUUGAGAACAGCACUUUUGUGCAGUGGACUGGAUACUUCUCGAGCGAUGCCGAUGCAGGUGUCAUUCAGGACGCCAAGUUCAAACGCCGAGAGGCUCUGGCUGAUUUGGCCAAGGCUGCGGCGUCGUUCUAG